GAAAAGUUGCCAACUUGGCGGAUGAGGAUUCUUCUUGUUUCCCAUGUCCAAAGAGUUUUCAGUGCUUCACUUCGUUUGCUUCUCUCUCAAACUCAACCCAUUCUCUGACACAGACUGUGGCGAGGAUAGUCGCUGGAAAAAAACUUGAUCAGAUCAUACAAUGCAGAAGCAGAGCGUUCUUCACUCGGAGUACCUAAGACUUGGAACCGAAUUGGUUCAACCGAUAAAAACUAGUGCAUUUCCUAGAUGGAACAGUCGCAGCAAUAGAGUCAGAUUGUCGUUUCUAAGAGCUGAAGCUUUUUCAUCCAUGAGUGCAGUAAACAAAAACUGCACGUGGAGAGUUAACAGCUUAGGACAGGAGAUCCAAACGGACUUGAGUGAUGAAGACGAAGAAGAUCUAUGUCCGGUUGAGUGUGUCACUGAGUUCAAGACAGAUGAAGAACUUGUUAGAGUCCUGGAGAAAGCCAAAGAGACUAACACUUUGGUUGUGGUUGAUUUCUAUCGUCCUUCAUGUGGUAGUUGUAAAUACAUAGAGCAGGGCUUCUCAAAGCUCUGCAAGCAAUCUGGUGACCAACAAGCUCCCGUUAUCUUCCUUAAGCAUAAUGUGAUAGAUGAAUAUGAUGAACAAUCAGAAGUCGCUGAAAGGCUCCGUAUCAAGUCAGUUCCUCUCUUCCACUUCUACAAAAAUGGAGUUCUGUUAGAAGCGUUUGCUACUAGAGACAAGGAGAGGAUUGACGCUUCUAUAGCCAAAUAUACUUCCUCUGAAUCCUCAAGCACAUCGGAUUAAACCGCACUUUUGGUUCUCUAUCUCUCAAAUCAUAGACAAUGAUGUAAACUAUAUUGAGCUGUUGUAAAGAUACCUGAACAGCCAUCAUUUUGUAUCAUAUUGAAUAAGACAGAUGCAACAUUUUUUUUCUAAUAUUGUAAUUUUGAUUUGAGAUU